AUGCCUGAGGUAGUAUCACAACACAAGCUUGUCGACAGGCCACCUGGAAUCCCUGGAUACCGGCCCGCCGUGUGGUGUGCUGUGUGUGGAUACAAGGCGACGCAUAACACUUCAACGGUGUGUGUGGAGGAACACUGCCCCAACCACUGUCACACGGCUUGCCUUAGCGGGGCACCAGAAUACAACUGUGGCAACACUGGGCAGCUGCGAGCGGAGGCAGGAAUUCUUCAUCCCGUCACAUACAUCGAACAAACCCCCGCGACCUCUGCAACAAAUACUGAUCCCGAGAUCGUGGAGGACUCAGUAUUGGACACCCUCAGCCGGGAGCAGUUGAAACAAAUCGCAUCACCUGCCUCAGCUCACAGACCAGGUCAGCAGGCCAGAGCGCUAGGGGACGGGCAGGGGUCACAAGGAGAGGUCGAGGGUGAGGUACCGCUACCCGAGCCCCGAGCCACCACCUCCCCACUUGGUGAAGCCGUUAGCCAUAACCAGUCUCUCACUUCUGCUACCCAAUCUGCGACUACAUCGUCGGACGCCAUACCCUCUGUCCCAUCCCUGACGUCUACAGGCAGCCAAGCUCAACCCAGCCUGGCGCCGCCUGGGCACGGAACAGAGAGUGGAAACGGUCGCCAGCCUACUCAGCGCCGAAAGAUACAGACCACCGCUGCAGGACGAGGCACUUCCUCUCCCCCCACUAGCAACAGACAGAGGGGAGACGCAAACUCUCAAGAGGUAGAGGGUCCGCGAGAAGAGACUAGGUGCCCCAAGUGCAGGCGCAAAGGACACACGCGCCUACAGUGCCCACGUAACUUGGUCUGUAGUCACUGUCAGGGGCCCUAUCACACGGCCCAAACCUGCCGCGUGAGAAGGGAAGAGGAGAGGCAGGAAGCUCUCUUAACAGCCGUAAGGCAAAGCAACCAGGAGACUCUGGCAGCUCUGCGAGGCGGCUGGCAACACCCUCAAGUGAAUCAAAGCCCCCAGAACCCUCUCACCCUCCACUCCCAUUCACUACUCCCACUCAAGCCCUCCUACCAUAUACAGCCCCCCCUCAACUUCCUCCCCCACCACCCACCUCAGCCCCUUCAUCUAUCACAACACCAAUCCUACCCAUACCCACGCCCCCAAUCCUAUCCCCAGACCCAACACCAUCCUCUUCCCCAGACAAACCCCCAGACCCAGCACGUGCCUCUUCAGCUGCAACAAAACAACUUUCCUCACUCCCCUGUGUUUCUAGGCCAGCAAAAUGCCUACUACGAACAGUUCAGUGGCGCACAGGCAGCGUAA